GGCUCAGGAGGUGUAACUUGUUUUCCUUCUCGCCUGGGGUGGAGGCAAGUUGGUUGUUGAGCAGGUUAUGAAGGUGGGUCCCGGAGAGAAAGCCUACAUUUCAUGAGUCUGAGGAGAAGUAGGAGGAAAAUCAGGUGAAAACUGGUGAGGUGAAGAUGGAAGGAAUGGUUUGAAGACACGCUCUAAAAGCGUUGGCAAAGCCAAAGGGGCCAGAGAAAUCCUGGAAUUGGUCUUUCCUUAAUUGCUGUGUGAUCCUGGACAUCAGAGUUGAGAUGGGCAAUGAGAACAGCAGUGCAGAGAAUGAGAACACUCCACAAGACUCAGAACUGGGCCAGCCUCCUGGUAAUGGCCACAAUUUAAAAAGGAGCCCUGAGAAAAAGAGCACAGCAAAGUCUGGAGGUCAGGACCCCUCAGAUGCUCUUGCUGCAGCUGUGCCACUGGCUGGGAGCUUCUCCCCCUCCACUGCAGCCCCUACAAGCAUCAGUAGCCACAGUGCUGAAGAGCUCUCCAGCCCAAAUUCCAGCCCAAAUUCCAGCCUGGGGUCUCCAGAGGGGACAGGACAGAGCACUGCCUUGCAAGAGCAAGGAGGACAAACAGACUGUGAUUUCUUAAAGCGCUCUGCUGAAGCAAAGGAGAGAAUCCUGCCUGUCACAGACUGUGCCAAAGGACCUGUCACAGGCAGCAGUGACAAAUCACACACCCCAGACUGCCACAGAGCACAGCCAUCACCAGGUCCAGGGGAUGACAAAGAAGAGGGAUCAGCACAUGUGGACAACACUGCUGCCUCCUGUACCCAAACCAGCCAGAAUGAGCCCAGAAUGCCCGGGCAGGAGCCCAGCCCUGUGGCAGCACUCACAGCAGUGCAAGGAGCCACAGCAGUGAGUUUGGGUGAAUUAGGAUCACUCCAGCAGGAUGAGCAGCUGGGUGGCAGGAGGGAGCCACAUGGCAGCAGGUUUCCCCAGGGGGAAGCAGCAGGAGAUUAUUUUACUGCUCAGGAGGCUGAGCAGCAGCGAGGAGUCUUGGAAGUAGGUCAGCUGCAGGCAGUAAUGCAGCAAGGUAGACAGAACACAGAUGGUAGAGAGGGUCUGCUAAUGGAAAAGGAAACCUUAAUCCCAAAUUAUCCAGCAACAGGAGGCUCAGAUGGUGAAAAAUUUGGAGCAAUUGUGAAUGCUCAAGGCUUCAGUGAGAUCUGUAAUCUACAGAUGGGGGCUGAAACAACAGCUAAAGGGAAUGAGGCAAAUCCAGCUCUAUCUGGAAGCAAAAGGGAGCAGUCAGAACCCUGUACUUUAAUGUCAGAGUUGCCUUCUAGCCCUCCAAAUCUCUUCCUGGUACCAAAGCCUGAAGUGCCUUCGAGGGAAUAUGUGCCUGGAAAUGGCUCUCAAAAUCCAGUGAGGAGAGAAGCAGUGGAAACAGCCUCUGAAAAAAACAACCCCCUUUUUCAAAGAGAGCUUCAAAAGGAGGAUGUGCUUGUUAGUGCUGAGCAGUUCAGUGUGCCUUUAUCAUUUGAGAGAGAGGAAGAAGAAAAAUCAGCUGUCACAACUGAAAGGCCCAAAGAAGCCAAUAGCAAUGAAAUUAUAAAAGCUGAUGAUGUGUCUAGAGAAAGCACCACACUUUCUGAAACAGAAAGCAUUAUCAGUCCCACCAAGGAAAAUUCAGUGGUAGAUAAAAGAUUAUUACUGGAAGAAUGUGCAUUAAGUACUUCUUUGAGCAGAUCCACAGAGCUGUAUGAAAAAGAAAUGGGGGUCGAUGUAACAGGAAGAAGAAAUGGAAUCAGAACAGAGGAUGCACAAGUGUCAGAAACCAGUGAAUUACCUGAGGGCUCGAGUGGGGCAGGAAAACAACUCUUGAGCUCAGUUAGUAGCCUCCACCAGGACAUGGAAAACACCCACUUGGAACACAAUCCUGAAAAAUUCAAUAUUUGUGGAAACACUUCAACAGGUGACCUGGGGGAAGAAGGUGGGGGAAAGCCUCUGAAUUUGGACAGUAACUUUAAAUUGUCCAGAGGGAAUUCCCAGCCUGGUGGUUGUGAACCUGAACAAGUGAGCAAAGAGAAAACAGCUGCCCCAGAUGGCCUGGAGAACAAACUCGUGGCCUCCCCACAGUUGGCAAGGGAGGAAUGCCCAGGGAGUUUUGAUUGCUUUAACACUGAGGCAGAAGGCAAAACUUGGGACCAGUCAGGCUGUAACAGGACUGAAAAGGUUUGUUUAGAUGGUGCACACAGUUCACUGCUCCUCCACCCUGGGAACAGUCAUAUCAAGCAGAGUAAGCAGGAUGAGUCCUGGGAAAAGGCUUUUGCUAGAGAAGCUGUGCUGGAAUCUGAAUGCAAUGCUGAGAGUCAAGACAAGCCUGAGAGCUCCAGCAAGUCAGGAGAAAGUGCAAAAAUGACUGAAUUAAAACUCGAUCUCCAGGCCUUAAAUGAGUUGGCAGGGAGUACAGAACAAACCAAGGAGGCCUCACAGGCUCUGGAAGCCAAAGAACAGAACAGUCCCAUCACCAAGGCACCUCUCAGAGAUCCAGAGCAGGAACCUGCAGCUGCACACUGCAGUGCUGGGGAUGGAAACCAAAAUGAGGGUGUUCAACAAGAGAAGCCCCAAACUGCAGUGGAAUGUCCUGUGGAGGACGAAGAUUUGGCUCAGAAAAGUAUAUGUAAAUUGGAUGUGCAAGCUCAGCUGGAGCAAGUGGCUGCAGAAAGUCACAGAAAUAUACAGAUGGCUCUUGCAGAAUCCCCCAAAACUGCAGUCAGCACUUCAGGACUUACUGAUCACCAAGUUCACCUGGAGGAAAGGGGUGACAGCCACAUCACUGCAAACAACUGCCCCUCUGAGAGGGACACGUGCAGCUCUUCAGAGCUCCUGGAGUGCAGUGUCCCAGAGGGGCAGGAAAAUGAAGGUGUUCCAGCAGCUCCUCCCCAAGCAGAGCAGUCACUGUCUGCUGCUGGUGACAGUGGCUGGAGUUCAAACAGAGAACCUGAACAGCAGGAGCACCAGGGCAGGCUGACAGCUGCCAGCAGAGCAGAUGACCAGCAGCACAAGGGAAGGGCACCACAGCCCGAGUGGUCUGACCCAGACAAUCACAGCAACAUACCACAAAUACCUCUGGACAAACAAUCUUCUGUGCCAGGUCCAGCACUGCCCCAGAGUGGCUCUGAGAGGCCAAAAGAACAGGACAAGGAUGACAGCAGAGCUGAGGACGUGAGCGAACACGGGCACAACGCUUCUGCUGUGACCGCGCCUAAUUUGCGAGAUUGCAGGGAGCAAAACAAAACCCAUCUCAAGGCAGGAGAGAAGUGCUGCAGCAAGCACAACUCCAGCAAGCCCGAGCAGGGUGAUAAUUCUUUGAUCUCAGCGAGGCAGCAUGAAGCAGCAUGUCAGAGAGACACGUUUUGUAAAGAACUUGAAAAGAAUGAGCAGCCAGGCAGCGUGUGCAGGAGAGAGGAUAAUGCUGGUGAAAGCUCUGCUGCUGCUGCUGCUGUAAACACUCUUCCAGGGACACAGGAUUCAGCAAGUGCCACUAACACUUCACAGGCUUUGCCAAGAGAUACAGAAAUAGCACAUACUCCUGAUAAUUCUGAGAAAAAUGAUCCCCAAAUAUCUCAUCCAGAAAUGCAAAGGAAAAUGCCAUUAAUGGCAAAAAACUCAGAAAAUAUUCUGACUGCUGCUGGGGGAAUCAUCCAGAAAGAUGGAAACAUGGAGAUGAGUUGUGAGGACAGUGCUUCAGCCCCAGAAACAAGCAAUGUAAAGCCUGAUGCAAGUCCAGGGGCACAAGGAUCUCCUUCACCAUUACAGGCACACAGGGAAGAAAUUCCCACUGAUAACUCACAUAAAUCCAGCUGCACUCAAAAUGCAGCAGAGCAGCCUGGUUAUUGUCAAGCAGAUUUUACAAUUUCUGCACUCAGCCAUCCCAGCCAGCGACCUGGAAACAACAAGGACAAGGGUACUGGGGGGGGAUCCCUAAACAAUGAGCUGGAAGUUGCAGCAUCCCAAAACACCUCAGAAGGUAACUCUAAUUUUCAGGUUCCCCUAGGUCCUCAGGUGUCAGCACCCUCAGGUCCCUCACCCAGGGUAAGCACAGGUAAAGCAGCAAACUCAGAAAACAGCUCGGCAGAGAAUAUGUGUGUGAGGGAAAAAGACUGUCCAGAGCAAAGUUUUCAGGGUGAUGGAGACAAAAUGUUUGUCCUGUCAGAGCCUUUGAAUGUAGGGCAGAGAACUGGAGACUUAUCACACUUCAGUUCUGAGAAGCUGAAGAAAGAGAUCUCUGCAAUUAAAUCCAACAAAACAAAAAGUGAGCUAAACUUCAAAGAACAGCAAAGUGACAGUUCAGCAGAGUCUCUGUUAGCACUCCCUACUACAGAAGGGAAGCUGCUGAGCCUUUCAUCAGCACGAGGAGGCUGUAAUGAGGAAAUUGCAACCAAUAUCUGCGUAGAUGACAAGUACGGUAAGAUCUUAGAGAAACCUGGGAAUUCAGAAAAAAUGGAAGAGCUUUCAAAAGAGAAUAAUAACAUAACCAGGGCAGACAUCAGUGUUUCUGAGCAGUCUGCAGAGAACUCUGGAAGGGAGCAUGAGGCUCUGACUUGCAGCUCUCUGGACAUUGGCUCCAGCAUCCCAGACUUUAGGGAGCAUAUCAGCCAGAUUUUUAAAAAAACUGUCCACAGCACACUGAGUGCUGAAUUACCCCAGCUUUUGACUGAAAACCAUGCAGGCUUCAAGCAGAGCCCAGUGGCCAAGGACACAGCAGAGCUCUGUGGUGCUGAGAACUUUUCAGAACCAAACAAGGCGGACGAAGGAGCUCCCGGGGGCACCUCAGAAGCAGAGGGGCAAGAGUUGUCUUUAGCUGCUGAGAUUUCCUGCAAAGCUGCCCAGGGCAAAUCUCCACAACAAGAAAACACAGGGGCAGAGCUGCCAGCAGCAAGUCUCCAGGACCCUGAGGAAAGCAGGCAGCCCUCUGGCUGUUCAGAAGUGGUCCCUGGCUUGGAUGGCGCUCCAUCUGCCGAACAAGCCCCGGAAAAUCUGCAAAAGCCAGGCAAACCCACUGAGAACAGUGAGAUGGAAAGAGAGGAGGGCGUGUGUGCUGGUGGCGUUGAUCCUGAAUCACUAAUAAGCUUAGAGAUAAAGAAGCAAGGACCAGCUUCAUUUGAUGGGGCAGCAGCAGCAGCAGCAGCAGCAGCAGCUGAGAACUUCCCUGCGUGUUCCGACAGCCAGCAGCAACCCACCGGAGCUGUUAUCUCUGCAGGCGAUGGACAGGGGAGGGAUGUAGAAGAUGCUGCUGCCACAGAGGGAAAUAACUUAAUUACAAAGUGCAAUGCAGAAUCAGUUCCCUCUGAAGAGGAUGUAAGUCUUACUGCUGCACAGUGCCAGGAUCCUAAGCCAAAUGAACAGGAGAAAAGUGAGUGCGGUGAUGCAGACGUUGCCAAGAGCAGCUCUGGCAUGGCAGCUCCAAUGCUCAUCCCGGGAGGAUCUUACAGCCAUGAAGAAUUGCCAGACAAUUUCAGUGUGUCACCUGAGGAAAAUCAGGAGGCAAACAUUCACAGCAAUUCUGUGCUUGAGAUUAGGUCUCAGAGUGACAUGCAGCUGAUGCAGGACAAAGCAGUAAAUGGGAAAUGCUUGGAAACAUCGGGAAAUUCUCAAGAUGCACAGCAAGAAAAGAACGUGACCAUGCAUGGGUUAAUAGAUUACUUAAAACCUGAAGUAAGUCAGGAUGAUUGCUUGCAAACUGACUGUAAACUAGAGCCUGGCAGUGUGACUGAGGGAGAGGUGAAUGAGAGCGGUGACACAGUGUUAAGCUCAGCAAGGACAGGUAAUGAAAAAAGUGGAGACAUCCCUGAAACUGGUACUGCAAGGAUGUUAGUCACUGCUGAGGGAAACCUAGCCAUAAACACGAGCACUGAGGAGCAGGAGGCAGACCUGCUCAGAAAUCACUCUCCAGCCCUCCCUGUGAUGGAGCAGGGUGAGCAUUCUGCAUGUGCAGGUGUUGUUGUUGCUGAAAAUCAGCCAAGCAAGAUGAAUUCGGAGCACGAAAGCUCCCUCGAGGAUGCCAAAGGAAAGCUAUCACCACUUGCAUUAACUGAGCCUAAGAACCUUGACCUCAGUGAACCUCAAGAUAUGGCUGUGGCAGGAUUACCCACUGAAAGCUCUCCUGGGCCAGGUGAUGAUAAUCAGUUGGCUUCUCCCCUGGAUCCCUGUGAGCAUCCCUCAGCUGUGUGUGCAGCCUUUGGCAAUGCUGUCCCCGUGGGAGCUGCUGAGCUGACUGCACCCAGCACUUCCACGCCUGAUAGCUGCAAGGGAGUUGAUAACCACAUUUCUGAGGAUGUACCUUUGGCUGUGGCCCCUGGUGAUGGUGUAGAGCUGCCUGCUGAAGAAACCAAAGGUUUCACAAGGGAAAAAAAAAGGAGCUCUGACUCUGAAGAAGCAUUUGAGACCCCAGAGUCCACUACACCUGUCAAGGCACCACCUUCACCUCCACAGCCUCCCCCUGAAGCAGCAGCAGCAGCAGCAGUUGUUGCAGAUGUAGCAGAGCAAGAAAUAAAACCUCAGCUGCCCGUGGAAGAUACAGGGCUGUGUUCAGAAGCUGAACCCGUAACCGAUGUGUCACACAGCGAACCAGUUCAGGAGAGCCCCUUCCGUCCCCCCUGCCAUUCUUUCUCCACUGUCUUCGAUGAGGACAAGCCCAUAGCCAGCAGUGGAACCUACAACUUGGAUUUUGAUAACAUUGAGCUGGUCGAUUCUCUCCAUGCCUUAGGACCGAGCUCUGCAGAGCCCAAGAAUCGUGACCCCAAAGCAAAUGUCCGGAGGAAAUCCACGGAUUCGGUCCCGGUGUCCAAAUCCACGUUGUCUCGCUCUCUCAGCCUGCAGGCCAGUGAUUUUGAUGGAGCAUCUUACCUUGGCAACAGUGAGACUUUAGCACCGUCGUCAGAUGUGUAUGGUACUGGUUCCAGCAGCGCUUCCAGUACCCUCAAGAGAACAAAAAAACCCAGACCAGCUUCCUUAAAAAAGAAGCAGUCAGCCAAAAAACCUCUGGAUGCUCCACUGGUGAAGGAAACCCCACAAGAACCGCCCGAGCUUGGCCAAGCAGCUUGUGAGGACAAAGCACCUGAGGUGAAGGCUGACUCAGCAAAGCCCGAAUGUACUGAACCUUCCAAAAUCUCUGCUGAGAAAGAGGAGGCCCUGCCCGUGCCUGAAGGAUCCGAGCCUUCGGAUCCGGACCGUUUGGAAGGGAUUAGCGCAUUUAGCUCCGGAGGCAGCAAGGUGCAGAACUCUCCCCCUGGCAGCAGGAAAACGCUGCCUCUAACAACGGCCCCCGAGGCUGUGGAGGUGACUCCACCAGACACAGGGGGACAGGAGGACCCUCCCAUCAAAGCAGUGAGGCUGGAGUUUGAUUAUUCUGAGGAGAAAGGGGGGAGUGAAGACCAGCAGGAGAGCGCUCCUCCUCCCAAAAAAGCAGGGAAGAAGCCUGGUGCUAAAAUGCCGCUCCGGAGGCCAAAGACUAAAAAACCGGUGGAGAAGCUUGACAAUGCUCCGACCACCCCGACCAAGUCUCCCAUUGAUCCAAAUGAAAUCCCCAUCACAAAAGGCUCUUACACUUUUGAUAUCGACAAGUGGGACGAUCCCAAUUUUAACCCCUUCUCAUCCAGUACAAAAAUGCAGGAAUCUCCCAAACUGCCUCAACAAACGUACAGCUUUGAGCCGGACAUGUGUGAGGACUCCAUUGACCCUUUCAAGUCUUCUUCUAAGAUUGCCAGCUCGCCUUCCAAAUCUCCAGCUUCCUUUGAGAUACCAGCCAGUGCCAACGAAACAAACGGGACAGAAGGAGACAGCCUGAACAAACCUGCCAAGAAGAAGAAGACGCCACUAAAAACGAUGGUAGAAGAUGUGAUGUCUGUAUGUUCUCUGUUUGAUACAUUUAGGGUGAAAAAAUCACCAAAAAGAUCCCCACUAUCAGAUCCUCCUUCUCAGGAUCCCACUCCACUGCCAACUCCAGAAACACCUCCUGUCAUCUCCACGGUGGUUCACGCCACGGAUGAGGAGAAGCUGGCGUCCUCCGUGACCGGGCAGAAGUGGACCUGCAUGACUGUGGACCUGAACACAGACAAACAGGACUACCCUCAGCCCUCUGACCUGUCCACCUUUGUCAAUGAGACCAAGUUCAGCUCUCCCACAGAGGAAUUGGAAUAUGGCAACUCAUAUGAAAUAGAAUAUAUGGAGAAAAUAGGCUCCUCUGUGCCUCAGGAUGAUAGCACCACGAAGAAGCAGUCCUUGUACCUCAUGUUUGAUGCACAGCAGGAGAGCCCAGUGAAAUCACCUCCCAUCAGAUUGUCUGACUCCACAACUCCCUGCUCAGGGUCAAGUUUUGAAGACCCUGAAGCCCAGCAGUCCUCUGGCAUGAAAAUCCCACACCCAGCUUCCCGAGUCCUCGCUGCCAGCCAAGAGGCACAUUUACAGUCCCCUGACAAGGCCAAGCAGAAGGACCUGGAGCCCAUGACUCUAGGAACAACUCCAGAGGCCAUUGAAAUCGCUUCUCCUGAAGACUCCUUUGUCUCUGCUGAUGCUCUUCUCAAUAGGAUAUCUAAGAAAGCCUCAAUAUGUGAUCAGCCUGAAUAUCUAGAUCCUGACCUAGCAGAAAAGAACCCCCCAGUAUUUGCUCAGAAACUUCAGGAGGAGCUAGAGUUUGCUGCCAUGAGGAUAGAAGCACUGAAGUUAGCCAGGCAGAUUGCCCUCUCCUCCCUGCGCUCCAAGGUACCUGCUUUGUGCCUGCCCUGUGUGUGUGAGUGUGCACAGCCCGAGUGCUGCUUGUCCUGGGGGGACACCAGGAGCAUGCUGGCAGCAGAGCUGACACAGAAAUGCUGUCACCCCACUCACACCCCAAUUAACAACAGGCAAGAAGCAGCAGCGUUCCUCCCGCAGGAGAUGGAUUCUGCAGUCCAGGUGGUGGCUGUCAUCUCUCUGAAGCAAGAUUUGUCCUAAAAUGUUUGAUGGUGAAGAGUGCCAGGCCUGCUUUGGCCAUGAGGACAUUCUGUCUUCUGCUGGUAUUUUCAUCCUGAAGUCAGACACCUUUGACCCUCAGUGUUUGGAAGAGAGGAAACCAGUUGACCUUGCCCUCAGGCAUCUGAAGAAAGGGACUGCAGCAGGGUUGGAAGGGCUACAGAACUCCCAAGGAAAAAAGGCCUCACAUCACAAUGUGUCCUUAUUCAUAGAGAUCUAAAUCUUAUUUUUUUCACUGCUACUUCCAGGUCCUGCUGGCUAGUGGUGCCUCACAGUGAUGCUUUGCUCUGCUGUAGGGAUGCACGAGGAACUCACUGUAUUUGGAAAGCCAAAAAAGUCAUUCCAUAAUCUUGGUGGCAUUUUUGGGAAAGGGUAUCAGCUGAAUGGGAUGGCAGUGUCCUGCUGCAGUGAGACAUCUCAUUCCAAAUGAGGAGAAUGUGCUUCUGACAUGACCUUCUCCAGUAACCUUCCUCUUGUACUGUCCAUUAAUAGGUCAGCAGAAAGUCUUUGCUCAAUCCUAAAUUAUCUGGAGUUCAUUGCAUCCAACAGCAUUUGGGCUGGUUUCAGGGUAGAAUUUCUUGCUGCUUUAAAGAUCAGCUAUUAAGUAGCUACUUCAUAAAAGUAAAGAUUUUUUUUAAGGUUAACUGUACUCCUCUGAAAAAACAAUGAUCAUAUUUGAUUUAUUUCACAUACCUUAAAUAGCCCAGAAGCCACCUUGUUUCUCCUGUGCACAUAUAUUUACUAAGGUAAACACAUUCCUCACAGAUUUAAGAGUAUUUUAGAGUAUGUGGUUACAAUCUUUUAUUUAAUUAAGAAAAACAUGCUGUUGUCUUCAUUAGAAGGACUAACCAAGCUGAAACCUGUAAUGAGGAACAUAAAGAGCAAAGGUGGAAAAACAAAAAUAACUUUCCUGUGUGUGACUGUGCCCCCUUGCUCUGCUGUCCUGAGUGUCAGGUGUUGGAAGAGAAUGAGGUGAUAUCCUCUCUAGAUCUUCUCUACCUUCUUAUUCUCUCUCAAAUUCCUUGUCCUCCCAAUAAGGAGGGAGGAACAUGAAGGAUUCAGGAUGUCCAGCAUCAGGAAACACCUGAGCUGAAACACAUAAUAUUGCUCUUCAUGGGUUAUAAACACAUAAUAUAGAUGCUCUUCAUGGGUUAUACAAAAAACUUCUGCUUAAAAUCUGCAUUUCUGCAACCAGCCAGCUGUUCAGAAACUCACACAUUGUACUAUUUUAGACUGAAGAGAAUGCAUUUUUGUGUUUGUGAAUACUUGUGAGUUACCCAGGGGAGAUGGUGAGCUGCAGAAGUUUUACAGAAUGUGGGGUUACGUUUUAAAGAUGCUGUUCAGCAUCAUCACAGCACCUUGUUAUGUGGGGACUCAUUUUGAACUCCUUAGAACUUAGAAAUGGGGAACAGAUUUCAUGUGACUUUUGAGAAAAUGCCAUUAAUCUGUGUAACAAAGAUAACAAAAUGAUAAGCAGAGGUGAGGAGAGAAAAACAGACAAAACUCCCCCCUCUAAAAGAGAACUGGCAGCAGUUAUUGAUGAUGACAGUGUCCCACGUUGGUCCAGGCACAGCAGUGCUUGUAGGCCAACACCAUGGGUGUCAUGUUGGGCUGGGAAGGACUUUUGUCCUUGCAUAGCUUUGCUGUUUCAGUGUUAAAUUAGCCUGUGAUGACACCCCUUGUGACCUACAGUGACUGAUGGCCUGGAUUAAGUAGAACAGAAACCAGCAGAUGACUGCAGUGACUUAAAUUUGGAUGCUCCUGGCAGAAUUCCCUUCUGGAUGGCUGGCCUCUGUUAUUUUCUGAAUGCUGUAUAAUUACAUUUAACAUUUGCUAAACGAUGACUGGGUGGGUAACAAGAAUAGCAUGAGAAAUAAAGACAGAAGCACUUGUUAUGACAAAUUAGAUCACCUAAAAUAAAGAUUAAAUAUAAGCACUUUGUGCUAGCACUGCAGUUUGUUGUUCUCAGGCAGAGGGCAGUUACUUGGCCACUCCCAAAUUUCUUGUCACUGACUUCAACAAUAGCAGGCCCAGUCACCUACUUGUACAUUGCCAGGUAUUUCUGUCUUCCAGUGUUGAGGUGCAUUAACUCUUUUCUGUUGAAGUCUCCAUUUGGAUGUUGUGAGGUAAAUUUUUAGCAGGUGCAGCUUGAGUAGGGUUUGUGUCCAGCACUCUGUGAGUGCUGAGGUGAUGGAGAGUAGGGUGCUGAGAUAGGAUCCAAGGAGAAUAGAAACUGAAAGGAAAGGGCAAAAAUGGGAUUAGUGCAUUACAGCUUUGUGGACCUCUCAUGGUAGUGGAGGAGGACUAUUCCCUACAAACAGCAAUGCCAUUGAUUUCAGCAAAACUUUAUAGGCAGAAAACUUCUGCUUGGGUUUUCCUUGCCUUUCCAUGUAUUUGCCAGCACAAGUAGGUCUCACUUUGCCUGCACUGGCCUGUCUGCUCACACAUCAAUUAGAAGAAUCCCUCAUUCCAUGCACACCCAGGCAGCAUUUCAAGGGCUUGGAAAGGGCAGCCUCAUUUUCAGCAGGGCUAAACACACAUUCCUCUAACUGCUGGGAUAAAAAAUAGUUUUCAUUUUCCUUCCAUUUCUCUAUUUUCUUCCUCUCUGACCUCCUGGAAGUGAGAUAACUGCAGCUGGUUAAUAGAUGUGCAUUUGUUUCCCUUCUGGUCAGAUAUCUGGUUUCUGUGAAAUGUGCUGGGAAGAGAAGUGUGUUGAGCUCUCCAAUAUUUACACUAAGAUUGCAGUGACCUACAUUUUGUAGUAAUUCCCCUGAAGACUCUAAUCUUUCUGUGCGAGGUUUAGUGACUUACAAAUCCCUGUGAUGAUUAUUACCCCAAUUAACUGCUUACCUUCUCAGCAAUUAGGUGUUAAAGCAUUAUUAUUGGGUUAUUUUGGGUAAUACCAUCAUCCUGUUGGUCAGGUGCUGUUAUUUUCUCAGGGUAGGAAUAUUUUACAGGCAGCAAAUAACAGUUACUGAGUUGUGCAUCAGUUAGGAGCUGUUUAAAAUUGGCUUUUGAAGUAAAACCAUGAUAACUUUUACUGGUUACAGAGAGCCCAGCAGUGACUUGUGCAGGGUGUUUGCAGAGUUAGAGCAACACUGGUUGGACCAUAUCUACAUGCAUUUCUGCUCAGUGGUUAAAUUCCAAGAGUUUUUGUGGUGAUUUUUAGAAAUUUUAAGCUGUUCUGCAUGUUAUUAUUGCUGUUGUUUUGUACAAUUUCCUCAAAUGCAAAGAGAGCUAGAAAAAACAUAACUGUAUUAAUGAUCUGUUGUGCACUAUAUAAAAACAACUAUAAGUACAUACUAAAGGCUCUAAAUAUCUUUUCCUUUAAAAAUUGUCAUCCUCCCAGCAGUUACUUUGACAUGUUUGUAUAUGAGCUUGAAAAACGUUUGUGUUUCUUCUUGGCACAAUGAAUAUUUUCCAGCAAUCUCUUUAUGAGAUCCAGCAAAUUAAACUGCUGGAGGCUUUUGAAAUGUGACAGAUGCAGUUCAACAGAUCGAUCUGAGGGGUGGCCUUUCUUUGGAGGACAGCUUUGAUGAUCUAAUGGCUCUCUUUUAUCUCUCAGUUAUUCCUACCUUGUGAUUAAUGAGGGAGUAAAGUACUUUUUUGUGUGUAUUUAUCAUUUACAGAGGUGUCUGAGCUUGUAUCCCAGGUGUAUUUUUUCCCUAUGUAGUUCUUUUACAUUGGGAGAUACUUUUAAGAGUACAGACUAUGCAGUUUUGACAGAUCUUGGAAUGGUUUUUCUUCUGGUAGGAAAAUCCACCGAGUUUGAGCUUGCAUCUCCUAAUUCUGCUGGAAUUGAUCAUUAUUUUGGGUGUUCAUGUUAAAGGUAGCAAAACCAGAGAAGGGAUAGCCUGCUCCAUAAAUCCCAGAGGAGAAAAUUGACUCCUGGAUGUAAAACCAAAAAAUACCCAGCAAAUGAGUGAGAGUCUCCUGUAAAUGAAGAUGCAGUGAGGUGUUCUGGAAGUACUGUUUAGGUUAUUCUUGUUCUAAUUAAAUUUUCUUGCCUAGUCUUUUAAUGUUGUUAGUGUUUCUUCAUGUUCUUUACAGAUGUGAGAUCCAGAACAUCUGGUCCUGUGUGCAUUGUGUACAAUUUUUAAUACAGCUUCUUCAGUCAGGUGUGAUACAAGAACUCACAAGAGAUUGCAACAAAAUUAGCAGUGGGUUUGGAUGCUUUCUGUGAUGCUGGGCAGUGUGAGAAGAGCUGUGAGGAAGUGAAUGUUUUAUGGAAUAGCAUCUGGCAAAAUUUCCUUUACCAGUGUUGAGACAAGAAUAUGUGAUGUUGAAAUUAAUGAGGACUGAACCUGGAUCCAGACAUUAUCUACUCCUUUCACAUUCCUGUGCUUCAGUCACUGGAGCAUGACUCUGCUAUUUUCUUCAAAAAAAUACAAACAAAACAACUACAACAAAACCACACCACCCUCUUUUACAAUAAAACGCAAGAAAAUAAUUAUUUUCUCUUUUAUGUAAAAAAUAAUUGAAAUAGUCUUGAUUACUACUCUUAAUUAUUUCAGAUAAAGCCGAAAGACUUAGCUACAGCAUUAGUAAACUUGAAUGAACAGAAUACAUUGUUUUAAUGCACAAAGUUAACAGGAAAACUGGAAAAAUAUAUUAUCCCCUUUUCAGCAGCAAGGAAAACAGGAUUUGAUUAUCCAUUUCCAUCAGUGGAUGGAAAAAGGCAUUGAUCAACCUCACUUUCCACCCAACUCAUGGUCCAGCCCUUGUGGUGGGGGCUUGGCAGUGCCCAGAGCAGCUGUGGCUGCCCAUGGAUCCCUGGCAGUGCCCAAGGCCAGGCUGGACAGGGCUUGGAGCAGCCUGGGACAAUGGAAGGUGUCCCUGCCAUGGCAGGGGUGGCACUGGAAGGGAUUUAAGGUCCCUUCCAUCCCAAACCAUUCUGGCUUCUAUGGACUGUCCUUUCCUCAGUUUUGAUGUGCUGUAGCUUGGGUUGUUUGCAUCAAGAGUUGUUUGUGAGACAUCUCCUGCAUCUCAGUGUCACGUUCCUAUUCUUUGCUCUCCUCAUUUCACAUGCUGCUCUCCCUUUUUUAAUCUGGGCUGCUGCCAUGAGCAAAAUUGACAGCUGCAAAAAAAGCCUCAUUUAACUGACUAAUCGCAUGCUGGACACCAGUGGGGCAGCAGUGUCACCUGCAUAGUCACACUUUUUAUGUGGCAUUCUUUAUGAUAGAUGUCAUGUAUUGACAGGCCAAACCUAAGAAAAUGAGCUGUCCUCUUGCUUCUGGUUUCUUGAUUUAUUUUUAUGGAAACAGAAUUCCCCUUAACAAGCUUUCUGCCUUCAAAUCUGAUUCUUCCUGCUGAUGUGCAUUUCUUGUGGAUGUUGUGGUGAAAAGCAGUACAUUUUCUAAGAUAAGACUUUAAAAUAUUGAUAGCAAAGUGCUGUCUUUAUUUUCUCUCUGUAAAGGUAAUAUGACUCUCCUGGUGCUUCUUGUGGAUCUCAAAUGUAAAUUUUAUGAUUGCUGAAUUCAGAGCUCCUUGUCUGUAUUGUAAUUUAGAGGUGCACAGACCUCACAGAAAACCCAUGAACUAAACACCUAUUUAAUGGUUUGUUUCUUUGUAUUUAAAAAAACAAA